GGAGGCGAGAGGCAGACUUGUCCUCCUGGCCGCCAUUAAAGAAUUCAAUCCAUGAGCUGAAAUAAUGGAAAUCUGCUGGAGCCAUGGAUCCCGAGCAAGGGGGGAGAGAAGGCGAUGAGUAGCUUCGCCCAUUCGGCAUUUUCCUACCUUCUCGGGGUGCUUUUAACCGCGUCGGCCCAUCAUGGUGUUUUUUAUUUUCGCCGAGGCGGGGCGAUGUAGCUAAUUGUUUUAUGUAGUAAGCAGGCUAGCGUUGGUAUGUUAGCUCGUGUGCUAGCGGGCUAGCAGCGCGAUCAGGGGGAGGGGAGAGAGUUCCAUUGCGUUGAAAUUGUUCCAGAUCGGCUAGCGGCUAUUAGCAUUAGCACUAGCGCACCCGGGAGGGUCUACGCAUUUGGGGGUGAAGUUUUCUUUUGACUUUCCAGGACUGUGAUUAUCACUUUAAAGCGCCAGUCGACCCCGGGCCAUGUUAACUUGUGUUAUUUCCUCCGCGCUAAUGUAGCCGCACCGCCGAGCCGAUCGGACAAUACAUUUGGAUGAAUCGUAUCGCCGGAUGCCUCUCGUUCCAGUCGAUGCUAUCCAGCCGCUUUUUUUUUUUUUUUUUUUUUUUUUUAAACGUCGGCUUAGCUGGAAGUUGUCUGCCCGACGAGCAGAGGAUAGCCGCUAGCAGCUAGCAAAGUGAGCGACGGGGUAGCGAACAACUAAAAAAAAAAAAAAAAAAAAAAAAAAAAAACAGCGACUCUCCGGCGUAAGGAGCGAAAACCUCGAGCAGUUCUUGUCCCCCCGACGAUGGAUUUGAAGUGAAAGGAUGAGUUCGUGCUUUGUACCAAACGGGGCCAGCUUGGAGGACUGCCACUCCAACCUCUUCUGCCUGGCUGAUUUGACCGGGAUAAAAUGGCGGCGUUUCGUGGGGCAAGGACCAACUUCGUCGCCCAUCCUCUUCCCCGUGACCGAGGAGGACCCGAUCUUGUGUAGCUUCAGCCGCUGCAUGGCGGCAGACGUGCUGAGCGUGUGGCGAAGGCAUCCUACGCCGGGUCGCAGGGAGCUCUGGCUCUUCUGGUGGGGCGACGACCCCAGUUUCGCCGAGCUCAUCCACAACGAGCUAUCUAGCGAGGAGGACGGUGAGUGGGAGAGCGGCUUGUCCUACGAGUGUCGCACGCUCCUGUUCAAAGCCAUCCACAACCUCCUGGAGCGCUGCCUCAUGAACCGCGGCUUCGUGCGCAUCGGCAAGUGGUUUGUGAAGCCCUAUCAGAAGGAGGAAAAAGUCCUCAACAAAAGUGAGCACUUGUCCUGCGCGUUCACAUUCUUCGUGCACGGCGACAGCAACGUAUGCACGAGCGUGGAGAUUGCACAACACCAGCCUCUGCAGCGCCUCAGUGAGGAGCACCUGAGUCUCGCCCAGCAGAGUUCCAGCCCUUUGCAAGUCAUUUUGAGCCCGUACGGUUUGAAUGGAACCCUUACGGGUCAGGGAUUUAAGAUGUCAGAUCACCCAACUCAGAAGCUCAUUGAAGAAUGGAGGCAGUUUUAUCCCAUCAGCCCCAAUCCCAAGGAGGUCCAGGAGGAAAAGAUGGAGGACAGCGACUGGGAGGAUGACUCCCUGGCAGCUGUUGAGGUUCUCGUCGCGGGAGUGAGGAUGGUUUAUCCUUCCUGCCUGGUACUCCUCCCCCUGUUGGACCUCCCCACGGUGGUCCCUCAGGGCUCGUCCAACACUUUAGGAAGCAUGUGCGGUGCUCAGCCGGGCCAUGGCGCUCUCAGAGAUCCCGCCAUGUCCUCUGUCACGCUGACUCCCCCAACAUCACCGGAGGAAGCUCAAACUGAUUAUCAGCCAGCACAGAGGUGGCAUAAACUGUCCACUGCGUCCGAUGGCUACUGCUCCAAUAACACUCUUCAUGGGGGGAAAAUCCCUCGCAGGCUGGCCAGCCAGAUGGUGGAGUCCGUUUGGCAGGAGUAUAACAUAAACCGCACAGGGAACAAGAGGAAGUUUACAACCCUGACCAACGGGACCUGUGAAGAAGAGUUGGACAAAUCAGGGCUCUGGGAUUUUGUGGAGCCUGUCCACAGGCCACAUUGCAAUUGCUCAAGACAUAAGACUCAGAAACAGCGACUGAGCAACACCUCAGGACAUCCGCCUUCAUCAGGCCACCCCACCCCGGCGGCGCCAAAGCACAAGCUGGCCGAGAAGCUGGAGAAAGGCGAGAAGCAGCAGAAGAGGCCGCAGACGCCUUUUCACCAUCGCAACUCCGUGAGCGACGAGCAGACCUUGGAGCCUCAGACCCAGAGGCUUUGUCUGCGAGCGCAGGAGGAGGGCUCCUACCCGAGCCUGCACCACGUGGACACGACGGCACCCUCCAAAGUGCCCACGCUGCACACCCACGGGCCCCCCGCGGACCUCGUGGGUUCUCCGCCACCGCCGCCGCUCAGCCCGCAUCCAUGCGACCACGUCGAAGGCGAACUGACCCCAGUUUGUAUGAAAAACUCCUCCACGCCCAUUCACCAACCGUUUUACCCUCCUUCAGUGGAGCCCUGUCUGCUGCCUCAGAAGAACUCAUCUGUGGAUCCCCCGCCGGAAAACAUGCCCAUGCCUUUGCCCUUUCCCCCGCCUUUUAACGAAACCACGGAUCCCUCAGUCUUUCUUGGUUCAGCCAUAAACCCCAAUGAAGACUCCGGCCACAACCCCUGGAAGUAUUUUAACCUGCCGAGAAAGAAGGCCACCCACUUUUACACACCUCAGCUACCUGUAGAUAAAGUACGAGACGACCCUGGGGGUGGAGGAGGAUCUGAAAGUGUUGUGUCUGUUACCGAGUUGAUGUCGGACUCAUUGCAGCCGCUCAAAGUAUCCCAGGAACUGGUAAAGACGUACGCACAGCGGAGGAACACUUACCUCUCCUGCGCCACUGCGGACGAAGAUCACGGCGAGGAGCAAGACCCUUACGCAUUUGUCGAGGGGGACGAAGAGUUCAGUUUUACAGAGAAGAGGGACAAGACAGGAGCUGAGAGGGACGGGAGCAAGAAACAUAAAUUGGAUGAUGGAUCAGGGAAUUCAGCUGAUGAAGGUCAAGGUCCAUCAGGCAGUAAGCCGUCAGCAUCGACCAGCCUCAUCCAUGAGAACGACUUGGCCGUGUCCUACAGCGAUUUGGAUAAAAUCUUUAAUUCAGAUGAAGAUGAGUUGGCGCCCGGAACCAAAAGAGCUGGAGUGGGGGUAGACGACAAGUUUGUCUCUAAAGAAACAAAACCAGCCUCUUUGGACCCCUUGUCUUGUAUAAGCACGGCAGACCUGCACAAGAUGUUUCCCACCCCGCCUUCUAUGGAGCAGCAGGGAUAUUCCCCCAUGAACUCGGGCAGCAAAGACAGCCUGGAAGCGGGAACGGGCCUCACCCUGUUGGAUGGCAGCCAGCUUAACAACCACUUUAAGAUGGAGGUGGAGGAGGGUUUCUGCAGCCCGAAGCCAUCUGAAGUAAAGGACUUUUCUUUUGUGUACAAGCCGGAAACGAGUCAGCCAUUCAUCGGCUGUUCCAUGUACGCCCCGCUGAAGACGUUGCCUAGCCAGUGUCUGUUGCCUAUCAAACUGCCAGAGCACAAGUGUGCGUUCAUGCGCAACUGGACCAAAAUGGAGCUGAUGCCAGCAGUGGUGAACAAAGACGGUAACAUCCCAAGUGUGGAACCAGAGGACAUCCAGACCCACACCCCGCAGACCCACACACCCUUCAUGUCCAGCAGUGCUCCUCCCAGCAACAGCGGCACGGGCAUCCUGCCUUCCCCGGCCACGCCCCGCUUCUCUGUUCCCACGCCUCGCACUCCACGCACACCCCGGACACCCCGUGGCCCGUCCAGUGUGCAGGGCUCACUGAAGUAUGACAACGCUGACCUUUACUCCCCCGCAUCCACAUCCUCCACCUGCCGACCAUUGAGCUCCGUGGAGCCGGCCACCGUCCCCUCCAUCCCGGAGGCCCAUAGUCUCUACGUCACGCUCAUCCUCUCUGAGUCGGUCAUGAACCUCUUCAAGGACUGCAACUUCGACAGCUGUUGCGUGUGUGUCUGCAACAUGAACAUCCGAGGAGCGGACGUCGGUGUGUACCUAAAGGAUAACGGCGAAGCGCAAUAUCCCUGCACUUGUGGCUUCAGCGCCGUCGCCAACCGUCGCUUCGGCCAAUCCGCCGGUCUCUUCUUGGAAGACGAGCUGGACGUGGUCGGCCGGGGCUCGGAUUCCAGCAGGGACACGGAGCGCAGCUUUGAAGAGCUGCGAGCGGCUGCUAAACACAAGUCCGGCAACUUGAAGGAGAAGCCCCCAGAUGAACUCAUUCUACUGCUGCAGGACCAGUGUACCAACCCUUUUGCCCCUAUGGCAGGUGUAGAGUACCCCAAAAUGAGCUGUGCCCCCAGCUCUUUCCUGAGGGUGGAGGAGAGGGACUGUUAUAACGACUGCUACAUGGCGCUGGAGCACGGCAGGCAGUUCAUGGACAACAUGUCUGGAGGCAAAGUGGAUGAAACACUAGUGAAAAGCACCUGUCUUCACCAGUGGCCCAAAUGCAAAUCAGCAGACAUGAACAAGCUGUUCUCUCAGGAUGUCCUGCGGGUGUUGUUGUCCCUCCAGCCUGUCUUGCAGGAUGCCAUUCAGAAGAAGAGAAGCGUGCGCUCCUGGGGGGUGCAGGGACCCCUCACCUGGCAGCAGUUCCACAAGAUGGCAGGGCGGGGGUCUUACGGUACAGACGAGUCCCCUGAGCCUCUGCCCAUUCCUACAUUUUUGGUGGGUUAUGAGUACGAUUUUGUGGUACUGUCCCCCUUUGGCUUGCCGUACUGGGAAAAGCUGCUCUUGGAACCCUUCGGUUCGCAGAGGGAUGUUGGCUUUGUCGUCAUUUGCCCAGAAAGUGAAACGCUCCUGUGCCGGGCCAGAACUUUUUUCAAAGACUUGAGUGCUAUGUAUGAGGCAUGCCAGCUCGGGCAGCACAGGCCCAUCUGCAAAACUCACCCGGAGGGCAUCCUGAAGGUGGGCAGCACAGAGGGCAGGAGCAUGACCGAGCAGCCCCUAAGCGAAUGGUUUCUAAAGAUGGCCGCCAGAGACGCAAACAACGAGGCCUUUAAUAAACUCAAGCUCUUUGCUCAAGUGUGCCGCUAUGAUCUAGCCCCCUACCUGUCAGAACAGCCUUUGGACAGCUCACUACUCACCCAGCGCAACCCUCCAGUGGCGUCAUCUCAGAGCUCCACCUCUUCCAGCAUCUCCUCAGGACACCCGAGCGCCAACGCAACCGGCACUGCCCCGCCCCCUCAGGUCAGCGCCCCGCCAUCUUCCUCCUCAGGCUCCCAGGCCAUGGGAGGGAUGGUGUCAGCCAAGCCGGGCUCCUACCCCCAGUUUGGGGCUGCCGGAUUGCAGGGCAGUACGUCACAUAACGGGCCCCAGUCUACCCAGCAGGGCCCCGGGUCAGAAAACGGUGCUGCUGCGUCAAGCUCGAAUGAGGCACCAGAGAGCACGAUGGACAGAGACAAAGUAGGCAAGCCAACCGAUGGAGAGUCCCACGGCGUUUCUUACCCACCCGCCAUCGUGGUGUAUAUCGUUGACCCCUUCAGCUACACGGAAGACGACCGCCAAGUCCACUCCAGCGCCUACACGCUGGGCCUCCUGCGCUGCUACAUGGAGAUGCUCCAGUUCCUUCCCCCUCGCAUCAGAAACGCUGUCUCCGUGCAGAUCGUUCCAUGCCAGUAUCUCCUGCAGCCGGUGCACAGUGGCGAGCGUUACCUCUACACCCAGCACCUCAAGUCGCUAGCCUUCUCCGUUUUCACGCAGUGUCGGCGGCCCCUGGCCAACUCCACCAACUUUAAGGCUUUGACGGGCUUCGGGCCCGGCCUUGCCAUAGACAUGGCGCUGAAGAACCCAGAGAGGCCAGAGUGUCUGCGUCUUUACACGCCGCCUUUUAUUCUGGCUCCGGUGAAAGAUAAAGACAAGCAGACGGAGCUGGGCGAGCCGUUCGGGGAGGUGUCCCAGAAAUACAACAUCCUGUUCGUCGGCUACUGUCUGUCUCAUGACCAGCGCUGGCUGCUGGCUUCCUGCACGGACCAACACGGCGAGUUGCUGGAGAGCUGCAUUAUCAGCAUCGACGUACCCAACAGGGCUCGCAGGAAAAUGGGUUCCGCCAGGCGACUGGGUCUGCAGAAGCUGUGGGAUUGGUGUCUGGGCUUGGUGCAGGUGACGUCACUGCCAUGGAGAGUGGUGAUAGGGCGACUGGGGAGAAUUGGCCAUGGCGAACUGAGAGACUGGAGUAUUCUGCUGAGCAGGAGGAACCUUCAGUCGCUCAGUAAGCGUCUGAAGGAAACGUGUCGAAUGUGCGAAAUCUCAGCUGCUGAUACCCCCAGCAUCCUUAGCGCCUGUCUCGUCGCCAUGGAGCCUCAGGGUUCCUUUGUCGUCAUGCCAGAUUCCGUGUCGACGGGCUCCGUGUUCGGCCGCAGCACCACACUCAACAUGCAGACGUCGCAGCUGAGCACGCCUCAGGACACGUCGUGCACACACAUUCUGGUGUUUCCUACCUCCGCCAUGGUGCAGGUGAACACCAACACCACAGAACCCAUCGACAUUGACAUCAACCCCAUAAACCCUGAUGGCUCUGAUGGAAUGGGCAUAUUUGACCUAUUUGACAAUGACAUGGUGGAUCCUGACCUCAUCAAUAUCCUGCCUAACUCACCCACCACUUCACCUGUCCACUCCCCUGGUUCCCACUAUCACCAGGGUGGCGACGGGAGCAAGAGCACGGACCGCAUGGAGUCUCACGAGGAGGCGCUGAACAUCCUGCAGCAGCCCAUGGCGCUGGGCUACUUUGUGUCCACGGCCAAGGCAGGCCCGCUGCCCGACUGGUUCUGGUCGGCGUGCCCUCAGGCUAAGAACCAAUGCCCUCUCUUCCUCAAGGCUUCUCUGCACCUGCACGUGUCCUCGGUCCAAUCAGACGAGCUCUUGCACAGUAAACACUCCCACCUCCUGGACUCCAACCGCACCUCGGACGUGCUCAGAUUUGUGUUGGAGCAGUACAACGCCCUCUCCUGGCUGACAUGCGACCCUGCCACUCAGGACCGGCGCUCCUGUCUGCCCGUUCACUUCGUGGUGCUCACUCAGAUCUACAACUUUAUCAUGAACAUGCUCUGAGUUUGACUAUUCGGGUCCGGGACAGGACCCCUCCUAUCAGAGCAAAGGGGGGAAGCAUCCCCUCCUCCGUCUCCUCCUCCCUUCGGCGUCUCUUUUCAAGCGACACCGAGGUGUCCGGUCAGAUGCCAAGAAUCCAUUUCAGCAUUUUGGAUGAGCAAGGGAGGUUUGGUAAAGGAGAAUAAAUGGUGUUUUUAAUGACUGUAGAUUGCAAUCGAUGAAAUUUUAUCCUAAUGAAAUGCCUGCAUAUAUUAUUUAUUGUAAGUUUUUAAAUGUGGAAUUUUUAAUGCUUAAUAUCUUUUAUAUAUUACAAAUCCUAGCGAGGUGUGUACUGUAAAGGAACUGCUUUAAAAAAGUGUCACUUCCUCAAUGACAACGCCGAGGAAGCCUCCCACGUGAACUCGCUGUAGAUGGCUUUUAGAAUCUUAUUUUUUCAAAGGAAGGGUACACACCUUUUUAUCGCCACACUGUAAAGAUGAAGUCAACGCCCGGCUCACAAGCGGCUCUCGGUCCGCUCGGGGGUUCUAGUGGCUCUCGCACAGUUAACUCAAUGAGCUCUGAAGAGGAAUUCAAAAGGUACAUUGUCAGAUGAUAUAUUUUAUAUAACAGAUUUAGGUAAUCGUGUGUGUGUGCGUGUAUAUGUGUACAUAUAAUUGUGUGCCGCUACUGAUGGUGCAGCUUCUGUUUUAGGAAUAAAGUGCGUCUACCUGAUCCUUA